AUGCUUUACUUUUGGCGUCGUCAAGCAACCACUGUUUCACCUUCACCAUCAUCAUCUCCAAGCCAAGAGCAAUCAGAAACGGUCUUCCCUAUUGCAUCAAGUCAAUCCUCCUCGCUACAAAAGUUCAUGAAUGAUCCUACGCGUACAACAAAACGACCUGAUACUGUUGGCACUUUUUAUGAUCCUAUGAGCAUUGUUCGCAACAAUCAUUUGGUGGAGAUGCCCUAUGACAUUACGAAUACGGGUGCCUAA